AUGGGCCUGAUUCAAGCUGCUGGGAUUUUGAAGACUGUUGUUGGGUUCUCUCAAUGCUACGAAGGUUUAGUCAAGGAAUUUAUUGUUAAUAUUCCUGAGGAUAUUUUUGAUAAGAAUAGCAAGGAGUUCUGCAAGGUGUAUGUGAGGGGAGAAUUAGAGGUUACAGACAAUCAGGUCUGUAGGGAGAUUACAGCUAAGCAAGUGAAAGUUUGGCCUUUUAAAAAGCAUCUUCCUGUUGGGAAGUUAACUAUCAAGUAUGUUAUCCUGCAUAAAAUAGGAGUUGCUAACUGGGUCCCUACCCACCAUAUCUCUACCAUUGCUAAUACUCUUGGGAGGUUUAUUUUUGUUGUUGGGACAAAAGUGAAAUUUGACUGUGGUAGAUAUAUGUUUGAUCAAAUCAUCAAGCAUGCAACUACUAAUGCAAUUAAGUUGCCAAUUGCUUUUCCCUCUAUGAUCUGUGGAAUUAUCUUGAAUCAACAUCCUGGUAUUUUAUGCUCAAAUGAUUUACCUAGUAGGAGAAAACCAGCUUUGUCUGUGCACUACAAACUCUUUGAAGGCAGUCAUGUUGAGGAUAUUGUCUUGACAUCUGCCAUGAGGAGGCCGAUCUUAAAAGUUGGAGCAAUUGUUGAGCUUAAGGAGACAAGAAAAGAGCUAGGUGUAGGGAUUAGGGUAGCCACAACUAGAAAACAAUCUUUGGGAGCCUUGAUUGAAAGCUUGAAGAAGGCUAAGGGUGAAAAUGUUGAACAUGCUAAUGUCAUCCAUGAAGAAGAAGCUAAAGCCCACACCUCUAGUGAGAGGUCUGCUAACAAUGAUGAUGCAAGUGACAAUUCUGCUUCUGGUGUUGCUAAAGAGGCUGCAAACUUAAGCUCUACUGAGUAG